AUGCCUACUGACAAGAUCCAGGGCUUCGCACAUGAUCUUCUGAAGAAAUUACUGGCACUGGAUCGUACGCUGAAGGAAAAGAAGUUGGGUCAGGAUGCAAUGCUGGAGCUGAUGCAGAUUCUUCUGGGAAAUGAGAUGAAGUUUGCCCUUUGUGCCAUCUGGCCUGCAUUUGGUCCUUGCCUUCUGCUGCUACUACUAUUGCGAGCAUCGGUUUCUCAUGACCAAGACGAAGAGGAAAGAGACAAGAUGUCAAGGCUUCCGCAAAGGCUACUUCUUCGUGAUGCAGAGCUAAGGCUUAUGGAGUUCGAGGAAUGCAUGACUAAUGGAAUGAAGGAAAAUGCAGACUCCAAGUUUGGGUUGAUGUUGUGCGACCUUGACAGAUUAUACCAAGUUGUUCAGUUCCAUGCGAAAAAGUCAGGCGAGUGGUCAAGAGUGAGACAAGACAUUGCUGACCUAGCAAAUCCUCAUAUGCGGAUGCCAGACAGGCUGGUUGUUCUUUCACGUCUGAAGCAGAUGUAUUACUGCUUACUGCCAUCACCAUCGCCAUUGCCAUCGCGAGUGGUAAGAGUGAGACAAGACAUUGUUGACCUAGCAAAGCCACAUGCCAAACAGGCUGGUUGUUCUUUCACGUCUGAAGGAGAUGUUGAGCUCUCACCCAUGACUCUACCCGUGGGUGAUGAAUCAUGCCCAUUCCCGAACCCAUCGGGUAAGGGCAGCUCUGAGCGUCCCCCGGGGUCAGGUUGCAGGCGGGGCGGGUUGUGGCUAGCCGCUACAGAACAGAGCGGGACAGAGGAAGACUUGGGUUUCGCGGAAGUACACCUGGAGCUGAUCGACCUCAUGCGCGACGAGGGGUGCGCGCCCACCAACGUCACCUACAACGUCAUCAUGGACGGGAUGUGCAGGGAAGGCGACGUGGACGCCGCCCGCGAGCUUCUCAACAGCCUACCUUCUUACGGGUGCAAGGCCAACACCGUCAACUACAACACCGUCUUGAAGGGCUUGCGCACCGCCGGGCGCUGGGGGGAUGUUGAGGAGCUUAUUGACGAGAUGUUCAGCGAGAACUGUCCCCCGAGCGAAGCGACUCUCAGCAUCGUCAUCAGUCAGCUGUGUCAACAAGGGUUGCUCCAGCAGGCGGUUCGGCUUCUCGAGAAGAUGUCCAAGCAUGAGUGCACGGCAAGUGUUGCUACUUACAAUGCUGUCAUCGGCGGUCUCUGCGAGCAAGGCCAUGUGGCUAAUGCCUUGGAGUUACUGAGGAAGAUGCAAUCCUGCGGUUGUGAGCCUAAUACUUUUACCUUUGAAAUUCUAGUGAAGGGUUUGUGCAGUGUUGAUCGUUGGGACCAUACCGAGGAGCUAACGGUUAAUAUUUCUCCGUUCAAUACACUCAUUGGUUUAUUGUGUCAGAGAGGGUUGACGGUGCAGGCCAUUGAAGUAUUCAAGCAAAUGCCCAAGAAAGGCUGUGCUCCUGAUUCAACCACUUACAGUACACUAAUAGACGGGCUUGCCAAAAGUGGCAAUAUGGACCAGUCCCUUGAGCUGUUGAAUGAAAUGGGCAACAAAGGAUUCAACUCAGACAUAAAUUAUAAGCUGUUAGCUGAGUAUCUGCAUGACGAGGCUAAAAUUGAGGAGGCAAUUCAGAUGGUUCAUAAACUGCAAGAUAAAGGCACAGCACCCCACACUGCUCUCUACAAUACAAUACUAUUAGGGCUUUGUAGAAAUGGCAAAACAGAUCAUGGUAUUGAUAUUUUGGCUAAUAUGGUGUCUGAUGGUUGCAUGCCUGAUGAAUCGACUUACAUUAUACUCAUUGAAGGUUUGGCACAUGAGGGCUAUAUGAAGCAGGCGAGAGAAUUGUUAAGCAAGUUGAGUUCUAAAGAUGUGCUCAUUGACAGUUUGAUCAAGAAUAAUGGUUUGUUGUUAGAUCAAAAUAUUCACACUUCUUGAGCGCUGAUGAGAUCAAGGCUAGCUUGCUGUUUUGACUGUGGCAUGUCAUAGCAAUUGGGUAGGAUAGUGCUUACACACUGCUUCAGUUUUGUUGGUAAGUAAGUUCUCUUUGCUUCUGCUAGCUGUAUCGUAGC